AUGCUUCUGGACCUCGGGAGCUUGCUGCAGCAGUUGGCAGCCCUGGUGUCGGACGCACCCGGGCCCGUCACCCUGCCUCCCCCAGAAGGUGUGGGCGGCUGGUACCGGCAGGUGCGCGAGCUCGCCGCUGCUGCGCUCAGGUCCAUAAUUGAAAAUCAGACAGAAAUCGGCCGAGUGAGAAUCGAAGUGAGAGAAGUACCCAGUCGAGAGCUGCCACCUGCGGGAAACAGCCGACGUGACAGAGAGCUGACGACGCCAGUCACCUCGGAAGGGCUCCGUACUCGGACACAGGCGACUCGUCGCGUUCACGCCCGCAGUCCUCACGACGCCGGUCGACGAGAGUCCUCUCGCGCCUCGGUCGAGGCGGGGCAGAAGAGCAGUGCGAGUGCAGACACCGGCGACGACCGGUCCACCGGGGUGUGCGGGGGACAGUUUCCUCAGCCCGGUAUACAGCUGCACACUGUGACCUGUUGGUCAGACAAGUCCACACCGAGGGAAAACCCGACCGAGAGUGAGAGCAGUUUCCCGCACAGACGAGGAGCACUAAACGUGCAGGCGGCAAGGCGUGCAGGUCGGGUGCGCGAGUGCUCGCAGUCUCACCAGAUGUGUGACAGCGACCUCGGCCCGUGCCUGCAGGCGAAGGGUCGCGGAAACGAGAGCCGGCCGGACAGAAGCGGCGACAGCUCGUCCGACGAGGAGAGCGCCGUCGACAUCGCCUGCUGCUCGCACUCCUGUCACCACCACACCUACCUCCGGACGUUCGUCGAGUCGCAGAAAAAAUCGCGGGCGCGCAAGGAAACGGAGGACAAUUUGAGUGUCGAUAAUAGUGGCUGCCCCGAGAAUGAGACAAAUGGUGUAGACGUCGGCACCGCCACUCCACACACUCGGGAAACUCUACAUCCGUCCCGUAUACCCUCUGUACCGUCCACAAAUACUUAUAUUGGCUGCAGUAAAAUGAGGAGAGACAGUAGAGGCUGCAGUUCUGUACCUAUUGAUGUGGACGCUGAGCAGAAAUGUGAGGACGAUUACGCACAGAACAAAAGUGUGAAAAAUUGUGUCAGGUCCGAGACACACAGAAGAUGCACCUCCAGUGAGAAGCUUUACGGGCCUACCGUCCAUUUCCAGAGGCAGAGAGAGCAUACGGAGCGACAGUCCGGCAGACGGCACGAGGCGCACUGCCCCUCGGGAAGCGGAGGACGGCCCGUGACGAACGGCUCUACCGAAAGCUUCUGUUCGACACCUUCUCUCGGAACCAAAGAGUUGCCCCACCAUUUGCGAGGUGAUGUCGAACUUCUCGAGAAGUGCCCGACUUCUUCAGACUACACUGAAACUAUUUCUAGCUCCAUUACAGCCUUGAGAACAUCGUACAAUUCCGCCAGUUCUUCGUCCGUCCCGAAGACGAAGCCGAGGUCACGCCGAGCUGUCCGGCCGGCGACAUCGUCCGGUACAGAUGUGCAGUAUGUGAGUGGUUCACCAAAGGACUGGGAGAUCUCGCAGGGGAGAGGCGGAGAGCGUUCGGAGUCUGCCUGUGAUGAGAGUGCGACUCUGACCCCCUGGUCCGGCAGCCUGUCAGCACCGCAGAGCCUCCACCUCAGGUUUGUUGAAAUAUUGGAUGAACUGAAAGAAAAGCUACUCCAGUGUGACGAAUGAAGCAUUAAGAAACACACAGAACCAUGCUGCCAUAAGACAUGUCAUCUACCUCUACACCCAGUCGUGGAUGCAAUAAGCACUUGCUCGUAUCGUAAUACAGGCCUCAUUGUUUCAUAUUCCUGUUUAACAUUUUUGAUCAUCUGAAGAAGGCAUGAAGGAUGAAACUGAAUGAUCCAAAGUCAAGGUGACGGUAAUAAAAGCUUUUGCUCAUUAUUAGUAAUAAUUCUGUCCAGAAUUCCGUCCUUCA